AUGGCUUCAGAACUGAAAGCGAGCGAGCCCAAUGUGGCUGGUUGGAGGGAGACUGUUACGGAUCUCACUGCGGGAGCGGCUGGUGGUGCCGCUCAGGUCUUGAUCGGCCAGCCAUUUGAUCUUGUCAAAGUCCGGCUCCAAACCCAGAACGGAGGCAAUGCUUUAUCGACCGCUCGCAACAUCUGGGCCAAAGAAGGGCCUUUGGCAUUUUACAAAGGCACUCUUAUGCCGCUGUUAGGUGUCGGGGCUUGCGUUAGCAUUCAAUUCGGUGCCUUCCAUGGGCUCCGACAAGUCAUUGAGUCCUACAAUAAAGACAGCCGCCCAGGACUUGAUGCAACCCUAUCCUUACCGCAAUACUACCUCGCCGACCCAACCACAUGGCGCAGCAGAAUAUACAAUGGACCGUGGGACUGCGCUCUCAAGCUCAUCCGUACUGCCGGCAUCCCCGGUAUCUAUCGCGGACAGGCGGUGACUCUCCUCAGAGAAAUCCACGGCUACGGAGUGUGGUUUGCGGCGUACGAGGGCCUUGUGGGAAUCGCCAUGGACCGUCAACAGAAGAAACGAGAAGAACUCCCAAGCUGGCAGAUUGCAGUAUGUGGAGGUCUUGCGGGGGAGGCUCUCUGGCUCCUGAGUCACCCAUUGGACGUAAUCAAGAGCAAGAUGCAAAGCGAUGGAUUUGGGGCUGAGAAAAAAUACCGCAACAUGAGAUUCGCUUUUCGGCAUACUUGGGUCACAGGUGGCUUGAGAGGUCUGUUUUACGGCCUCGGACCGGCUCUUCUUCGGGCCAUGCCUGUGAGCGCGGGCACGUUCGCUACGGUAGAGGUGGUGCGGAAGUUUCUGGGUUAG